CCUAUCUCUGGACACAUUCUCAGCAUCAUGGGAACUUCCAAGCGCUGGGUUGCCUGGGCAACUGUGAGUUGCCUCGUACUUUCUGUAUCCGGCGGAUACCUUAGCCUCGGAGGAGGCGGAGGUGGAUACGGCGGUGGAGGAGGUGGCGGUGGCCACGGCGGCGGAGGCGGAGGCGGAGGAGGAUACGGUGGAGGAGGUGGUGGCGGAUAUGGUGGCGGCGGAGGAGGUGGCAAAGGAGGUGGAGGAGAUACCAUUUUCAUUGCCGUACCAAUUCAAUCUGGAGGAGGUGGCCACGGAGGUGGUGGCGGAGGAUAUGGUGGCGGCGGCGGAGGCUACGGAGGUGGCGGUGGAGGAUACGGUGGUGGAGGAAAGGGAGGUUUCGGAGGAGGCGGAGGAGGAUACGGAGGAGGUGGAGGAGGAUACGGCGGUGGUGGAAAAGGAGGAUUUGGAGGUGGUGGAGGAGGAUAUGGAGGUGGAGGAUACGGUGGCGGUGGAGGAGGAAAAGGACUCUCAUUAGGAGGAGGUGGAUAUGGAGGUGGAGGACAUGGAGGUGGCGGCGGAGGAUACGGAGGCGGAGGAUAUGGAGGCGGAGGUGGAGGUGGAAAAGGAGGUAGCGGAGGAGUAGCCAUUGUUGGUAUCAGUUUGACUCAACUUGGAGGAGGAGGAGGAGGCCAUGGAGGUGGCGGUGGAGGCUAUGGAGGCGGAGGAUUUGGCGGUGGUGGAGGUGGAUACGGAGGAGGAUCCGGAGGUGGUUAUGGAGGAGGAUUUGGUAAAGGAGGUGGCGGCGGAGGAUAUGGCGGUGGCGGAAAAGGAGGCGGAGGUGGAGGAUACUAUUGAAGAGACUGAUUUAAUUUAAAAAGAAGAAACAUCAGUGAACUCCUCACACCGAAACAAAAACGCUCCUGCAGUCGUCCUCUGUACAGUUCCAGGAAAUUCCGCCCAACUGUAAAAAUUUGUAAAAAUAUCAUCCAAUCAUCAGGAAAGUUAAGAAAAAAAAAGAGGAUAAAAGUUAACUAUUUAACAUCACUCAACGUUGUUUACUGUAAACCAACGUGCUGCAAUAAAAUGUGAUUUUUGUAAAUA